GGUUGCUGCGGUGACGGAGGUAGGCCCCGGAGCCAGGUGGCGGCGGUGAUGGCGGCCUCCUGCGCGGAGAUCUUGCGGAGGGAGUUCCCGGAACUCGACGGCGAAAUGUUCGACUACGUGACCGGGGUUCUUCACAGCGGCAGCUCGGACUUUGAGUCAGUGGAUGAUCUCUUUGAAGCUGUUGGGGAGCUCCUUCAGGAUGUGUCCAGGGACUCCAAAGACGACGAAGACAUCCGUGCUAUUUGCCAGCGCAUGUACAAUACCCUUCACCUUGACAGUGCAAACGCCCAGAGAAGCCAGCAGGUGCUGCUGGAUGCCCCCAUUCAGCUCUCUCAGAUCACGGAUAGUUAUGAUUCUAGCUUGGACUUGCUACCAGGGCUGUUGCUGAAGAGAGACCAGAACUCGAUGGUGAACGCCAAGAAGCUGGAGAAAGCAGAGGCUCGCCUCAAAGCAAAGCAGAGCAAGAGGCAGGAGCGGGACUCCGUCAAGUCUGGCAGCCCACUGUUGCUUGAAGAGGCAUCUGCCAGCCAAGCUGCCAGCAAGAAGGAGACUCGCCUGGAGACAUCUGGCAAGAACAAAUCCUACGAUGUGCGCAUUGAAAACUUUGAUGUGUCCUUUGGUGAACGCGUCCUCCUCACAGGUGCAGACUUGAACCUGGCAUACGGGCGGCGGUACGGCCUGGUGGGCCGUAACGGGCUGGGCAAGACUACCUUGCUGAAGAUGAUAGCCAGCCGCAGCUUGCGCAUCCCCUCACACAUCAGCAUCCUUCAUGUGGAGCAGGAAGUGGCCGGGGACGAUACACCAGCCCUGCAGAGCGUCCUGGAGUGCGACACGACCCGUGAGAGCCUGCUGAAGGAGGAAAGGGAGCUGACAGCCCGGAUCAGUGCUGGAAGGGGAGAAGGCACCGAAGGCGCCAGGUUGUCAGAAAUCUAUGCAGCCCUGGAAGAGAUUGAGGCAGACAAGGCUCCAGCAAGAGCGUCUGUUAUUCUGGCUGGGCUGGGCUUCAGUGCAAAGAUGCAGCAGCAAACAACCAAAGAGUUUUCCGGAGGCUGGAGAAUGAGGCUGGCUUUAGCGCGUGCCCUCUUUGCCAAACCCGACCUCCUCCUGCUUGAUGAGCCGACCAACAUGCUGGAUGUGAGGGCGAUCAUCUGGCUGGAGAACUAUCUGCAGACUUGGCAGUCGACCAUCCUGGUGGUGUCCCACGAUCGGAACUUCUUGAAUGCAGUAGCCACCGACAUCAUCCACCUGCACUCACAGCGGCUUGACAGCUACCGUGGAGAUUUUGAGAACUUCGUCAAGAUCAAAGAAGAACGCCUGAAGAACCAGCAGCGCGAAUACGAGGCCCAGCAGCAGUAUCGGGAGCACAUCCAGGUCUUUAUUGAUCGAUUUCGCUAUAAUGCAAACCGGGCAUCACAAGUACAGAGCAAGCUCAAACUGUUGGAGAAGUUGCCAAAGCUGAAGCCUGUGGACAAAGAAUCAGAGGUGAUAAUGAAGUUCCCAGAUGGCUUUGAGAAGUUUUCACCUCCCAUCUUACAGCUGGACGAAGUAGACUUCUAUUAUGAGCCCAAUAACUACAUUUUCCGCUCCCUCUCUGUCUCUGCUGACCUGGACUCCCGCAUCUGUGUGGUAGGAGAGAACGGAGCUGGCAAGUCUACAAUGUUGAAGAUCCUGAUGGGAGACCUGGCACCUGUGCAGGGGAUUAGGCACGCUCACAGGAAUCUUAAGAUUGGCUAUUUCAGUCAACAUCACGUGGAUCAACUGGACCUAGACAUCAGCGCCACUGAGUUGCUAGCAAAGAAGUUUCCAGGGAAGACGGAAGAGGAGUACCGUCAUCAGCUGGGGUGUUAUGGAGUCUCUGGAGAGCUAGCAGUUCGCCCUGUUGCCAGCCUGUCUGGAGGCCAGAAAAGCAGGGUUGCUUUUGCCCAGAUGACCAUGUCCUGCCCCAACUUUUACAUUUUGGAUGAGCCGACAAACCACCUGGACAUGGAGACCAUUGAAUCCCUGGCAAAGGCACUGAACCACUUCCGGGGCGGCUUGAUCCUGGUUUCGCAUGACGAGCGCUUCAUCCGGCUGGUGUGCCAUGAGCUCUGGGUGUGUGGGAAGGGCACCGUGCAACGCAUCGAGGGAGGCUUCGACGAAUACAGGGACAUCCUGCAGGAGCAGUUCCGGAAGGAGGGCUUUCUAUAACGUGCGUGUCCCAGACAGUGUGUGAGCGCUGGUUGGGAGUGGAGCAAGCCAUGCAGCAGUCCUCAUCCCGCCUGAUGGAACAGCAGGGAUCCCGCCUACAUCGUGCGAACAUUAGCUGUGCAGUCUCCUGCUGGGUUAGCCCUUCCUCCCGUACAGACCAGCGCCUGCUGCAGACUGCAGUGAGGAGGAAGAGGAGGAAAGUGAACAGAGUUGCUUGUUCUGCUGCGGGAUCUGUGCCAAGUCUCUGCUGGGCAGGGACCAAGGACAGCGGAGAGAGAGGUGCCCAGCACUGAUUGAGUGGCGAGGGGAAGUCUUCUGCUGCAAGCGCCUCUCUGAUGCUUGAACUGAGCCUGCCACUGUUGGGUUCAGUGAGUAUAGGAAGGUUUCCGAGUGAAAUGCUGCUAAGUGUUGUACUUGAGUAGCUUCUCCAGAAAAUGGGGUGGAACUCCAAACUCACAUCUGAAAUUGUCAGGGUGAGGAAUUUUCCUUCUCUCCUUCCACCCUGCCUCCUGUGAAGAGGUGCUGCCUCUUCCUGUAACUGGCAAACAUACAAGCCAGCUCCUCUUGUGAAAGCACUUCUCUCUUCAUGGCUUGGCCUUAAGUUUUCCUUUCUUUCCUGCUCAGAAGGUGAUGCUUUUGUCUGCCCCAGAGGGUUGGAUUUCACCCUCAGCUGUGAUCUUGGAAGGCACUGUACACGCCAGUGUCCUCUCGGGUCAGUGGUAGAAAAAGAGUAGCUAGCCUCACAAUCAACCAGAAGAUGGUGGUCUCUGCCCUUUUGCUCUCGGAGCUUGUGCUGAGGAAUGGACCAAGCAUGUCUGAGUUUCUGAAGAUCUAAGUUCUAUGCAGAUCUACAUUCUGUCCCAGCAAACACACCAUCUCUUGGUAAGAAACACAAAAUGGUUUUAUGUUGCAAGGUUAAACUUUCAGCUCCCUGUUCAUCAGCAUUGAGGUUGCUGUGUAAAUAAAAUGGGAUCUUUCUGGC